AUGGGAAACGAACAAACAAAAGGAUCCUCUUACAAUGAGGUUUCUCCAACCUCUCACGCCAAGUAUAAGCCCUUAAAAGGGAUUUUUCGGAAAGGAAUCCAGUAUAACAUGAAAAUUAUAAUACGUGGCGAUAUUAGAACCGGAAAAUCUACUUUAUUUGAACGUCUGCAGGGAAAUGAUUUCGUGGAAGAGUACACACCAACUCCGCAAAUUCAAGUCGCCAAUAUACAAUGGAGUUAUAAUCAAACUGAAGAUGUUAUUAAAGUUGAAAUUUGGGAUGUGGUUGAUAAAGAGAUAAUUUCCUCGGAUACCCACAAGAAAUCUAAUGUGUCUGACGGUAGAUUGAAGAUCGAUAAUUCUCAGGCUACAUCGACAUCUCCCCAGCAUUCGAUCUCACAAAUACCACCAGAUCAACUUACUCUAGACGCAGCGACGAUCAAUGUUUAUCGUAAUACUCAUGGUGUUAUUUUGAUGUUUGAUAUGACGAAGAGUUGGACUUUCGAUUAUGCAAUUAAGGAAUUAAAGGAAAUUCCGAACAAUAUUGCCGUGGCAACCGAACACCCUUCGGCCAAUAUUAUUCGUUAUGUAGAGACCAGUAUGUCGAAUGGAUUAGGACUAGACUACAUUCAUAAAUAUUUUGGUGUUCCUUUCUUGCAAUUACAGAGAGACAUCCUUCAACAGCAAUUUAACUUUAAAACGAAAGAGCUAUCUAAAUUACUUAGCGCCCUGGAUGUCAACGAUGAUGUUUUCAAUUCCACCGAGCAAGAGAAAACUCAUGCCUCAGCCGCAGUGGAUAUGGAGAAGGAUCAAUUAGAAAUGGAAAAAAUGCAACUCAAGGAGGUUUGGGAUAAAGAAUUUAAUGAUUUGUCCGAGGGAAAAGAAUCUGGACAUGAAGAAUCAAAUCCUACUUCAAGCUCUACAAUACCGCAGCACCCCAAAAUAACAACCCCCGACAUUGGGAUUAUCGAGAAUUUUGAUGCUGGAGAGUUAGAAGAUGACUUCUUCAACGAUACGCCGGAUCAUGCGCCGGAACUUCCUGAGGUAGUCACAUCUAAAUUGGAUGAAGCCGAAGAAGUUGUCGAUUCAUCCAACCCGAUGGUCGCUGCCGACGAGGACCUUGUUGGGAUAGAUCAACAAGCGGAUGGGGACGAAGAACAACCUAACAAUACCGUUGGUGUUGUCAGCGUACAGGAUUUUAAUAGGGAUCUCAAUGUUUGGGGGCAUCGCCAUCACAGUAGUUUUACAUCAACAGGCGGAAUUUCCGAUAGCAGCGAUGAAGAUCUUGUGCCGACGGCAAAACGUGUAAAUUAUUUGGAUGAAUCAUCCACACCAGCGGAUGAUUUGAAGGUAAUAGGUGGCGAUUCGGGUUCUUACUCAAACUUUGAACAUCAGGAAAACGAGAAAACAUUAGAUACCAGUGGAUAUGUUCCGAUUACUUUUGGAACGCCAACUGGGUAUGAAGAAAUUAGUGAAGGUCAAGAUAAUCCAUGGUUAGAAGGCGGUGAUGCGCCACAAAAGGGAGAUUCGCAAUUUGUCGCUCAAACGAAAGCAGAGUUUCAAAAUUAUGAGAUGUUUGAUGGACAAGACGAAGGUGCAUCCAAAUCUGUUGCCGAUAAUAUUACAGAGUCAAUAACAUACCACCGACAAUUACACUUACAUCAUCCGCACUCUUUUUCGGAAAAUGGUGGAACAAUAUCGAGUUUAUCAUGGAGCGGCAAUGGUGAAAAUAGCGGCAACGAUCAAUAUAUAACCAAUGAAACUGAAUCAGCCACAGUGAUAGAAGGUGCAGAGAAUUUGAAAAAGAAAAAGACUAAGGAGAGUACGACGACUAAAGAAGAUAAUGGCGAUAAUAUCUCAAAAGAUUCAGAAAAUAUAGAGUCAUCUGAUCAAAAGGUUAAAGAAAAGAAAAGUAAAGGUGCUGAAACUGCUGGCAACAGUGGUACUGUGAAUGUCGAAAAUGAAUCUCCGACCAAAUCUUCCAGUAAAAAAUCGAAAUCGGCUAAGAAGAAAAAAUUAAAGAAAAAUAAAAACUAA